AUGGCAAAUCGACAUGGAGAUGGGGAGGGGGCGAAUGCCAUAAGGGAAAUGGAGCAAUCAGCUACAGAACUCCGAGGUAUGAAGGAUAAAGUGCUUGUUCCCUUAAAAUUUAGUUUUGAUAGAUUGGAGGAUGAUAUGCUUAGGAAUAUAUUUCUUUAUUGUAAUUGCUUCACUGAGGACUAUAGCAUAAUGGAAAAUGAGAUAUUAAAUUAUUACAUUGGUGAGGGAUUAGUAGAUAGAUUAAAUAGUUUGACAGCUGCUAUGAAUAAAGGUGAGUCUCUGAUUGGGAGCUUGAAAAUCGCUUGUAUGCUGGAAGAUGGAGAAUCUGAAGGUAGUGUGAGGAUGCAUGAUAUGAUGCGAGAGCUUGCACUUUGGAUUACUUCUUCGGAGUUAAAUAGUAGUUCCAAGUUCUUGAUAAGGAAUGGUGAAUCAUUUAAAGAGGCACCUCAGGCUAAUGAGUGGCUAGAUGCAACACAGAUUUCACUAAUGGAUACCCAAAUAGAGGAGUUGCCUGAAUUGGGAGAGAGAUGCCAAAAGCUAACCACUUUGCUAUUGAGGCGGAAUAGGAUCCUCACUGUUCCCCCAACAAAUUUCUUGCAACACAUGGAUCAUCUCAGCGUACUUGAUCUUUCUCACACUUAUACAUUGGAAUAUCUCCCAAGAUCCUUGUCAUGUUUAGUGAAUCUUCGUGUGCUUAGUUUACGGUGGUGUUCAAGGUUGAGAGCAUUGCCUGCCCUGGAAAUGUUGCGACAACUCCAAGUUUUAGAUUUGUGUCGUUGUUUAGCAUUGGACCAGCAAAUUCUUGGAUCUAUAUGCGUGGGAGGUAUGAGUAAUUUAAGAUACUUAGAUGUGACAAAGACAAAUGUUUCUAUUCCAGCUGGGGUAAUAUCUAGUUUGCUGAAAUUGGAGAACUUGAGGUUGUAUAGAGCAGAUAACAUAAUAUGGAGGAUGAGUGAAAAUGAAAAAUGGGAUUGGAGUGGCUCUGAUGGUAAAGGACAAUGGAAUGAAGGAAACAAUGAGAAUAAGGAGAGCAGUGGAUCUUGUGAUGACCAUCAGCCCUCCAUCAUUGAUGUAAGGGAGUUGCACUGCUUGACCCAUUUAACAUCUCUUGACAUUUCCUUCCGUGGUAUCAUUAUUUCUGAUUGGUUCAGACCUUUAGCUAAGAAGAUGAUGGCCUUGGUACUGGAGCAUUGCAGAGUUAUAAAACAAGACGCUAUACAAGUUCUCAAUGAAUCCCAAAAACUUCAAAUGUUAGAAAUUCAUGAAUGCCCAGGUCCGACUUGUGUGCCCAUUCGUGUUGGAUGA